AGAGAAAGAGAGAAAAAAAUCAAUGAAGAAGGAGGAAGUAGUGGUUUUGUUUCCAUCUCCUGGCAUGGGCCAUUUAAUCUCCAUGGUUGAACUUGGCAAGUUCAUCCUCACUCUAAACCAAUCAUCUUCAUCUUCAUCACUUUCCAUCGUCAUCCUCACCAUCAAUCCUCCCUUCAACACCGGCUCCACCUCCGCCUACAUCAGCCGUGUCUCCGCCCAAGUCCCUUCCAUUCGCUUUCAAACCCUUCCUCCAAUAACCCUCCCGAACGACCCCUCUACCUAUCCAAACAUCGAAUCCAUCACCUUUGAUUUACUCCGCCUCCAUGACCCAAAUGUCCGUUCUGCACUCCAAUCAAUUUCACUCUCCAAUGGGGGCAACAUCUCUGCUUUCAUUAUCGACCUCUUCUGCUCAACCGCUUACUCAAUCGGUACAACUCUCAAAAUCCCCACCUACUAUUUCUGGACUUCAGGCAUCGGCUCUCUUUCCUGCUUUCUCUACUUUCCUCAACUCCACAAAACAAUCCCUGGAAAAUUAAGAGAUUGGAAACAAAUCGUCGAAAUUCCCGGUUUGCCCUCCUGUGUGGCCACCGAUCUUCCCUCGCCGAUGCUCGACAGGGACUCAUACUCAUACAAUAAGUUUCUCGAGCUCAGUUUGCAGAUGCCUGAAUCAAGUGGAAUCAUAGUCAACUCCUUCGACUCACUCGAGCCCGACUCCUUAAAAGCGCUACGCGGCGGCCUCUGCAUCCCAGACAAACUACCGACUCCGCCCAUCUACUGCGUGGGUCCAUUGAUCGCCUCCGGUGGAGAGAAAAGCAGUGUCGACAGACACGAGUGUUUGACAUGGCUCGACUCCCAACCUAGCCGCAGCGUGGUCUACCUCUGUUUCGGGAGUCAGGGCGCCUUCUCGGCCGAACAAUUGAAGGAAAUAGCGGUCGGACUGGAGAAGAGCGGUCAGAGGUUCUUAUGGGUGGUUCGUAGCCCGCCUUCCAAGGAAACCAACGAUCAUUUCCUGCCCAGACCCGAGCCAGAUUUGGACACCCUACUCCCGGGCGGGUAUCUGGAAAGGGUUUCCGGGCGUGGCAUGGUGGUGAAAUCGUGGGCUCCCCAGGUGAGUGUUUUGGGGCAUGAGUCGGUGGGGGCGUUCGUGACUCACUGCGGGUGGAACUCGGUUUUGGAGGCGGUUUUGGCCGGAGUUCCGAUGGUGACGUGGCCGCUGUAUGCAGAGCAGAGGCACAACAAGGUGAUACUGGUGGAAGGGUUGAAGCUGGCGUUGGCGAUGAUGAAUGAGGAGGAGGAUGGCGGACUUGUGAUGGCGGAGACGGUGGAGAGGCGUGUGCGGGAGAUCAUGGAAUCGGAGGAAGCGAAGCUGAUCCGCGACCGUGUUCGGGUGGCGAGGGGAGGCGCUCUGGCGGCGAUGACGGGGGAAGGGUCCUCGUUGACGGGGUUGACCAAGUUCAAAGAGUCUUUGAAGAGGAAGGAGUAGUUGAGUGAAAAGAUCCCUUUUUAAUAGCAAUAAUAAUUAUAAUAAAUAAUAAUUAUAAUAAAUGAUGAAAACAUUUUGUGUUUUUAUUGUAAAAUAUAUUAUUAUUUGAAUAAUUAGAAAAGUUCUAUUUCUGUA